UUAAUAAAUAUCGUUGUUAUAUACGUAUGUAUAUAUACGUAAAAUAUGAAUAUGAAGAAGAAAUUUAUAUUUUAGCUUCUAAGGAUAAAAUGAGUGAGUUUACUUCGUGAUAUACAUAUAUAUCGUUGUUUAUUGGUUCCGGUUAUUCCAUCGGAUUGUUGUUUAAAACAAUUUACGCAACGUAUGUAUGUCACAUACACGCUGCACAACGACACGACGCGUAAAUCAAUUACUGAUAGAUGUGUGCAUAUGUGUGUAUAUAUGUGUACAUACAUGCGUGUAUGUAUGUAUACACAUAUGAGAUACAAAAGAGACGUGUGUUCGUUGAAAAUCUUUGUACCCAGGAGAGAGAAGUGUUACUUUAUGUGUAAAACGUGACUCUUUAUUUUCUCUAUUCUGAAGUCGUACAAUAAAAGAUUCCAAGGAGAAUCGUUUUUGUUGUUGUUGUAAUAGAAUUUCUCUCAUUUAAUCGAGAUAUCCUCCUAUCGUUUGUCGCGCAUAUAGUUUCUACUUUGUUUUCUGGCAUAAUCAUGGCCGAGCGAUGGAGUCAAAAAUUAUCCAAAUUAUCGUAAUAUAAUUAAAUCGUUCAGUAUAUUCGCGCCGAAAAUAAAUUUCUACGUUUAAGAUUGUUUAGCUAUGUUUGAACUAUCGACAAAAAAUCCGACAAUAAAAUGUUCGUGAAAAAUUAUCGAUAUCAAAUUGUAUCGAAUAGUCAAAAAAGAGGUUACAGAAAUACUACCAUUCAUAAAUCUAAUUUCAAUAUAGGCCAACGAUAUUUGCUUAAGGUCAGCACAACGAGAGGCAUCCCGAGUACGAGUACGAAUUUGAAAGAAGCUCUUUGCGAAAAGAUUCCGAUUCACUAUGAUCUCCUUAGAAAUUUUCGAAAAGAACACGGUCAAUCCGUGAUCAGUCGUAUUACUGUGAACAAUAUAUAUGACGGUCUUCAAGGCGUCAACAUGAUGGUCAGGGAAACAUCAGAAAAUGAUCCCAAGUAUGGGAUCAGGUACCGUGGAUUGACUAUCCCAGAAGUUUUAAACCUCCUUCCACGUCGAGGAACGUCUCCAAGCGUCGAAGCUGUUUUUUGGUUACUCUUAACCGGCGACGUACCGACUCAAGAACAAACAACUUCGUUGAUCAAUGAUUGGUCAUCUCGACGACAAAGAAGAAAGGAAUGGUGGUCAGGACCAAGCGGUGGAAUCGUUGGUUCCGUUCUUCAAAACUUACCAGACAAUGUGACACCAUUGGGAAGACUCUCGAUCGCCUUGACUAUCCUUCAAACGAAUAAAUAUACUAAAAAAGCCCUCGAGAAUGGAGCUCUGAGUCAUACCCAUUGGGAGCAUAUUUACGAGGACAGUAUGGAACUAUUAGCAGCGUUACCAGCCAUCAUCGGCCUCGUUGGCAAAGGUCGAGAGUUGAGAAACGUGACGGAAAAAGGUGACUGGAUAGAUUUUCUUUUACAAUGUUUGAGCAAUACUUCGGAGGAUUUGAAAGGCAGAACAACGUCUCUUGGAGAUUUUCUUCGUUUAUACGUCAGCUUAAAUGCCGACGAAGAUGGUGGUGUACCUGGUGUUCAUAUAACACAAAUUUCUGGAGCUUCGUAUCUCGAUAUUAGUCAAGCAUUAUCUUCAGGAGUUUUGCUUUAUGAAAAUGAACCGAUUACAGGAACGAUGUCUCAGUACAUGGAAUUUCAAGAAAAAAUAAAAAGCGCUUUGGGUACCGAACCUAAGGAAGAAAUGUUACAACAUUUUUUGCUUUCUUUCAUCGAAGAAAAUAAGUUGAUUGGAUACAAAGAAACUCAAUUUCUCGAUCCACGUUACGCGGCACUUUUAAAUCAUGUUAAAACGUAUUUGCCUGGUAAUACAGAAAUAGAGCUUUCUCAAGAGAUUACACGAGUUUUGGCAUUUCUCAUGAAAAAUACGAAAAACAAAACUAUCUUUCCAGAGCAAACCACCAUUGCUGGUCCGAUAUUCCAGUUUUAUGGAUUGAAAGAUAUGAAAUUUAAUCAAGUAUUACUCUGCAUGUCUCGAGCACUGGGAGCAAUUGCUUCCAUCAUUUGGACUAGAGCGAUCAAUGCACCGGUUGAACAGCCAAAAUCAAACAGCACUUAUACAUAUUUUUAUUCACUUCGAAAUAUUCGUAACAAAAUGAAGAAAAGAAUUCGAAUAUUAAACAAAUACCGAAAAUAACUUCAUAGAAAAAGUAAGUUAUUGUAAAUAUUUCUUAAACGAAAUCUUUGUACGCAUACAUAUCAAUGUAAAUAUACAUUUUCGUGAUCGA